UGAAAAUGUCUGAGAACCCUGACAAGCCACAAUCAAAUGAAGAGGAGUUGAGUGCUUUGGAGGAUGGUCGAGAGGAGACCUUGGACAACCCGGAUCAGUCUGUUAGAAAAAGAAUACGACAGAGUGCUCCAGGGUCACACAGAGAUGAUUCACCGAAGUCCAGUCCUCCUCGGCCUGUGUCAAUAGAAGAGCUCAUGGAAACAGCUAAGGGAGUAACCAACAUGGCACUAGCACACGAAAUUGUUGUUAAUGGUGACUUCCAGAUAAAGCCAGCUGAAUUACCAGAACACAGCUUAGAAAAAAAAGUAAGAGAUAUUGUGCAUAAAGCUUUUUGGGAUUGUCUGGAAGCUCAGCUAAAGGAAGAUCCACCAACGUAUGACCAUGCAAUUAAACUAUUGGGAGAAAUUAAAGAGAAUCUCCUGUCUUUCUUGUUGCCUGGUCACACUAGACUGAGAAGCCAGAUUACAGAAGUUCUUGAUCUGGAUUUGAUAAAACAGGAGGCAGAGAAUGGGGCGCUUGACAUUUCUAAGUUGGUUGAAUUUGUUAUUGGGAUGAUGGGGACUCUCUGUGCUCCAGCUCGAGAUGAAGAAAUUAAGAAACUGAAAGAUAUUCAUGAAAUAGUUCCUCUGUUCAGAGCAAUUUUCUCUGUGUUAGACCUAAUGAAAGUGGAUAUGGCAAACUUCGCUGUCAGUAGUAUUAGGCCAAAAUUAAUGCAGCAGUCUGCUGAAUAUGAAAGAAGGAAGUUUCAGGAGUUUCUUGAGAAACAGCCAAAUUCUUUAGACCUUGUCAAAAGGUGGUUGCAAGAAGCAGCAGAUGAUCUUGCAAAGCUGAGAUGUAAAAUGUUGCCUCCUCACUGUAGUGAUGAUGGUGCCACGGGUGGAGCUUCCGCCUUGUGCUCCACUGCUGUACAAAAUCAGGCCUAUCUGAAGCUCCUAAAGUGGGAUCAUGUAAACAGGCCUUUUCCAGAAACAGUGCUAAUGGACCAGACCCGCUUUCAGGAAAUCCAGCUGGAGCUGGAGCAGCUCCUCGUGACUGGGACCAUCCUUCUGGUCACCUUCAGUGCAGCAGGCUCGGUGCUCAUCGAUAUGCCUGGUUUUGCAGAGAAAAUCAAAACUAUCGUCAAGGUGCUCCUGACAGGAAUGCAUCUGCCCUCCUUUAACCUGACGGAAGCUUUGGCCACCAUUGGGGAGAAGGUGUGUGCUGAAGUGAACAGCUGCCUUUCCCAGCAUGGGUUUACACCGUUCUCAGCUGAGAGAGAGACUGUGCUUAAAGGACAAAUCCAAGCAGUGGCCAAUCUGGAUAACACCAUAUGCAAGCUAAUGGAUUCUCGAAUUCAGAAAUUUCUGGAGAAUUACCUUGCAUCCAGUCACCAGAAAUCAUUACCUGCUCUGCCUGGAGGAUUAGGCCCUGUUCAAAGAGAGCUGGAAGAGAUUGCGGUCAAGUUUGUUCGCCUUGUCAACUACAACAAAAUGGUCUUCAGCCCUUACUAUGAUGCGCUCCUCAGCAAGAUACUGACUAAGGAGAAAUCUCAACUUGCCGGGAAGUCAGAAGAACCAUAA